GAUUGAAAAAGCGUACAAGGAAAGCCUUUGGAAUACGGAAGAAAGAAAAGGAUACCGAUUCCACAGGAUCACCAGACCGAGAUGGAACUCCACCCAGCCCUCAUCCUCAUGAUCCAUCCUACAAUAGCAAACCAGAAUGUACCCAGGAAGGCGGAAAAGCAGUUUCGAAGAGAACAAAUGGUGCUCCGAAUGGAUUUUAUUCAGAGAUUGACUGGGAAAGAUAUAAUUCACCUGAACUUGAUGAAGAAGGAUACAGCAUCAGACCAGACGAACCAGGCUCUACCAAAGGAAAGCACUUUUAUUCUUCAAGUGAAUCUGAAGAGGAAGAGGAGGCGCACAAGAAAUUCAACAUUAAGAUUAAACCUUUGCAAUCUAAAGACACUCUUAAGAGUGCAGCAACUGUUGAUGAACUGAAAGCUUCUAUAGGCAAUAUUGCACUUUCACCUUCACCAGUGAGGAAAAGUCCGAGACGCAGCCCGGGUACAGUUAAGAGGAACCUAUCUAGUGAAGAGAUAGCAAGACCCAGGCGUUCAACUCCUACUCCAGAGCUUCUCAGCAAAAGAACUUCAGAAGAUGCUGCUGUCCUAGCACCAUUAUUUGGUCCACCUCUAGAAUCUACAUUUGAAGAAGACAAAUUGGAAGCUUCAGGUCCCAUAGAUCAGUGUGAAGUUUGGGGUUCUGUGCAACCAGCGAACUCCAGUGUAGAAUCUCCAAAUGCAUCACGUCCCUUCCCAUCUGGAACACCUCCACCACUUCCACCCAAAAACAUUCCUGCUACACCUCCCCAUGCUGGUUCCCCUUUAACAAUUGGAGUAGGAAAUGACCAGACAGCAACAGAGGUCAAAAGUGACAAACAACCAUCAAUCAAUGACUUGGACAACAUUUUUGGCCCAGUAUUGUCCCCCAAUUCUGUUGCUGAUAACGCAGAGGAUAAAUGGAUCAGUUUUUCUGAUCAGUCCCUGGAAAAUGUAACUCCAGAGGUGACUUCAAGGGAAAAAGUGGUGUCCCCACCUGUGGCAUCCGAAAUCCCAGAAGAGCCUCCAGAGGCUGAAGUCUCUCGCAAUGUUCCUUCUCCACUCAAUUUAGAAGAGGUUCAGAAGAAAGUUUCAGAGCAGACCCACGUUAAAGAUGAUAACUUAGCACCAGCAGCAUCUCCUAAAGAUUUUGGGGUGGGACAGAGAGCAACACCACCUCCCCCUCCACCUCCUACCUACAGGACAGUGGUGUCAUCACCUGGACCCAGCCCUGGCGGUGGCACAGGAAGCACCAGUGGGUCAUCAUCACCUGCUCGCCCUGCAACCCCAUUGACAUCUUGCAGCAGCCCUACCCCACCACCACCGCCUCCUAGACCCCCAUCUCGUCCAAAGUUACCUCCGGGAAAGCCAGGUGUUGAUGUGUCCAGACCUUUCAGCCCUCCAAUUCACUCAUCUAGUCCUCCUCCAAUAGCACCUUUAGCUCGUGCCGAAAGCACCUCUUCUAUUUCAUCCACCAAUUCCUUGAGUGCAGCUACUACUCCUACAAUUGGGACGGAGGGAAGGACCGUAUUUCCCACAGAGAAUGAACAGCCUUCUCUCGUCUGGUUUGACAGAGGAAAGUUUUAUUUGACUUUUGAAGGCUCUUCCAGAGGUCCCAGCCCCUUAACAAUGGGUGCACAAGACACCCUCCCUGUAGCUGCAGCUUUCACUGAAACUGUGAAUGCGUAUUUCAAAGGAGCCGAUCCUAACAAAUGUAUAGUAAAGAUUACCGGAGAAAUGGUGCUGUCAUUUCCUGCGGGAAUUACUAGACAUUUUGCCAAUAACCCCGCUCCAGCUGUUCUAACAUUUCGUGUGACAAAUUACAACAGAUUGGAACAUGUUUUGCCAAAUCCUCAACUUCUUUGCUGUAACAGCACUCAUGCUGAUGUCAACACAAAGGAGUUCUGGGUAAACAUGCCAAAUUUGAUGACUCACUUGAAGAAAGUGUCUGAACAGAAACCACAAGCAACAUACUAUAAUGUGGAUAUGCUUAAAUACCAGGUAUCAACGCAGGGUAUUCAAUCUACUCCACUGAAUCUUGCAGUGAACUGGCGGUGUGAACCCACAAGCACAGAUCUACGCAUUGACUACAAGUAUAAUAUAGAGGCAAUGACUACACCAGUAGCUUUAAACAAUGUGCAAUUCCUUGUUCCUAUCGAUGGUGGAGUGACAAAACUACAAGCUGUGCUUCCACCUGCCAUUUGGAAUACUGAACAACAAAGGAUAUUGUGGAGAAUUCCUGAUAUUUCUCAAAAAUCGGAAAAUGGAGGAGUGGGUUCCUUGCUUGCACGAUUCCAGUUAUCUGAAGGACCAAGUAAACCUUCACCACUGGUUGUGCAGUUCACCAGCGAAGGAAGCACUCUGUCCAGCUGUGAUAUUGAACUUGUUGGAGCUGGGUAUCGUUUUUCACUUAUUAAAAAGAGAUUUGCAGCAGGAAAGUACCUGGCAGAUAACUAACUGAAGUAUAUGCAAGUAUGUUGAAAAUCCAUAUAACUGAGGACCGCAGUGGUUGGAUGGUUUUUAUAUGCUGUUGAGGGGAAACUAACUAAAUCCUGUAUUCAGGACAUUUCUGUUGAAAGCAUCAGCAAUUCAACAUUUCUCUCUCAGAAAAUGCCAUGUUGAUCAGUCCUACAGUAUUUACUUCUAGAUGUAACAUUGUUCAUGUUUUAAAUUGUAAUUAUUGUAUUUGUAAAUUGUACUCAUUCUAGUAAGGCUGUAUUUUGGCAGUUAUACACUUGAGUUUUAGCAUUUUAUCGUUCAAGAAAUGGGUGUAAUUUAAACUGUGAUAUAUAUAAAUUUAAUAGUAGUAAUGCUGAAUGAGACAAGCUUUCAGAGGCAGAUGCAUUUUGUCAAUGUAUACAAUUUGAACACAAUGCUAACAGUUGUGAGAAAAGGAGUGCCUCAAAAAGAAUAUCAAAAUUAGCUCACCUGCAAAUUCAUUGAUUAUUUUUUUCAGUUGAUAGCAUAUGUCAUACAAAUAUAGUCACAUAAAUAAACACAUAUGACUUUAAAUAUUUAAUUGGUUUAACUUCAGAACAUCUCAGAGUAAAUGGUGAGGUGACUAUGGUACAGAUGUAGUAUUUCAGCUUUAAACAUUCCCAUCAAGUAAGUUUAAAAAGGGGUGGGGUGGGAGAAACUUUUGGAUAACUGUUAGAACCUGUGGCUGAGAUAAAGCUUGUACUGAGAUAGCGUUUCUUUUUGUUAGUCUAACAUGAGUGAACAUGAAGGUAAAGGAAGAGCACAAUGGUUUAGAAAUAUUUCUGCUAUGCAAGCUCUAUGCAGACUUCCCCAUCCUGGUACCUUGCAGAUAUGCUGGACAUCAGCUGGCAUGCAAGCACCAGUUUGGAAAGCCUGGCAUGGAAAAAGGAAGGAAAGCACAGAAAAGGCAGCAGGGCGCACUUCCCACUAUUUUCACUGCACCUGGUGCAAGGGGAAACUGACUAACAAAUAACCAGCGUCGAAGAGAAAAAAUCCUGUGGUGGUGGUUUUAUGUUUUACCUGAGCAAGCCUCUGGUUUCAUGGAUGUGCUUAUUUUUACAGGACAAUUUGCAUGCCAAAAACUGGCUCUCACCGCAUUGUGUUUUUUCAGCUAGAUUUUAACUUAUGUGUAAGUUAAGAAGCAUGUCUGAAUGUGUGUGUCUUGUGGACACACAUUACACAGAUAUCAUCCAUACAUAUCAAGAUUUGUAGCCUGGCCGAUCUGUAUUUGAAAGCAAAAAAAAAAAAAGGAAAGAAAGAAGCCAUUU